AUGCCGUCCGAAUCUCGCGUAGAGAACCCCCUCUUCCAUCCCUUCCUUUUCCUCUUCCAGGUGUUCCAAUGGUUCGCGGAUAAGAUCUUCUCUCCCACUCCUCCCGAGCCGAGCACCCGCCUUAGCCGUCCUAAGGUAGCGGUCAUUGGAGCUGGUAUCACCGGUGUCACGUCUGCAGCGCAUUGUAUCGGCCAUGGAUUCGAUGUCGUCAUAUUCGAGGCGGGCGGUCGCGAGAACUUGGGAGGCAUCUGGAGUAAAGUCAACAAUUCUUCCAGCUUACAGAUUCACUCCAUGAUGUUCCGCUUCCACCCCUCCGUCAAAUGGGAGCGCGGAUACCCCGACAGACAGCAAAUCCUCAGCCAAGUUAAGCAGGUUUGGGAGAAAUAUGGACUGGAGACCCGCACUAAGUUCAACACCCCGGUAGACAAGGUCUACCAGGACGAAAAGGGUCGCUGGGUCGUUAACAACACCGCAAAUGGCCACUUCGAGGGCGUUAUCGCUGCUGUCGGCACAUGCGGCGAGCCCAAAAUGCCCCAGAUCCCCGGAAUGGAGAAUUUCAAGGGCCAUGUGUACCACUCCAGUCAACUCACCGGAAAGAACGCCAAGGGCAAGAAGAUGGUCGUCAUUGGUGGUGGUGCCAGCGCUGUUGAGGCAUUGGAGUUCGCCGUCGACGAAGAAGCUGAGAAGACCUCGAUCCUGUCUCGCAGCGACAAAUGGAUCAUUCCUCGCAACCCAAUCGUGAACAUGUUGCUGGCUAUGAACAUUCUUGGCCAAGAGACGAGAUUCUCAUGGAUCCCCGAGACUCUGCUCCGCAAGUUGUUCUAUCGCGACUUGCAAGAUAUCGCUCCUUACAGUAAGGGCAUCUACAUGGACACGCCGAUGGUCAACAGCCACGUUAUGGAAACCAUUCGCUCGGGCCAUGCUGAGUGGAUUCGUUGCGAUAUCGAGGGCUUCACCGCUGAAGGUGUCAUCGUCAACCGACGUGCUCAAGGUGUUCCCAAGGGUGGCCCAGGAAGAAGAGAGGUGGUUCCCGCGGAUAUCAUCGUCAUGGCUACUGGUUAUAAGCGUCCCUCGCUCGACUUCCUACCCGAGGACUGUUUCACCGAGCCGUAUAGUCCUCCCAACUGGUACAUCCAGACGUUCCCGCCCAACCAUCCGUCCAUCUCUGCGAUCAACUGCACCUAUGUUGCCGCUAUCGGAACCGUAGGCAACUGGCAUAUCGGUAUCUAUACGAGAAUUCUCCUCAUGUUCCUCAUCGACCCCUUGACGAGACCGCAUCCAUUCUGGAUGAAGUCUUGGAUCGAGAUGACAAAGCUUCUGAAAUACUUCUCGCCCACUGGUGCUUUCGACUUUUUCACCUAUCUCGAGCUUCUGUGGUGGUUUGCCUUCAGCGUCACCUUCAACCCCUUCCGAUGGAAGUGGGCCUUCUUUGUCUUCUUCGGUCUGGGUUUCAUGCUUCCCAAGCGUGUUGUCGAAGUUGAAGCACGUAUUCGCAAUGGCAUGGGCUUCCAGGAGGAGGUUGGACGUGACACGGGCCGGAGCAUCUAA